AUGGCAUCGAACCUACUCCUCGGCCGCAUCGCUAUUGUGACUGGUGCCGCCUCCGGCCUGGGCCGCGCCACUGCGUUAGCUUUUGCAAAGCAAGGCGCUGCUGUCGUCUGCGCCGACCAGAAGGCGUCCCAGUCUCAUCAGCCUGCUACUCAUCAACUGAUCAUUAACAUGGGUGGUAGAGGCAUAUUCGCCGAGACGGAUGUUUCUGACAGUGGAAGUAUGGAAGCCCUUGUGCGUAAGGCAGUCAAGGAAUACGGCCGACUCGACAUGUAA